UGUCCUUUUUCUGACAAUCCUCUCCAGGCUGUGGUCAUCCCUGCUGCUUGUCUGCAGUCUCUGGUAGUCUCCUUUACUGUCUGCAGUCUCUGGUCAUCCCCUGCACUGUCUGCAGUCUCUGGUCAUCCCUUGCACUGUCUGCAGUCUCUGGUCAUCUGUACUAUGUCCACAGUCUCUGGUCAUUCCCUGUACUGUGUCCGUAGUCUCUGGUCAUCUCCUGUACUAUGUCCGCAGUCUCUGGUCAUCUCCUGUACUGUGUCCGCAGUCUCUGGUCAUCUCCUGUACUAUGUCUGCAGUCUCUGGUCAUCUCCUGUACUGUGUCUGCAGUCUCUGGUCAUCUUCUGUACUAUGUCUGCAGUCUCCGGUCAUCUCCUGUACUGUGUCCGCAGUCUCUGUCAUCUCCUGUACUGUGUCCGCAGUCUCUGGUCAUCUCCUGUACUGUGUCUGCAGUCUCUUGUCAUCCCCUGUACUGUGUCCGCAGUCUCUGGUCAUCCCCUGUACUGUGUCUGCAGUACAUUGGUUCAGAAUAUUUUUUUUCUUGUUUUUCUCCUCUAAAACCUAGGCGCGUCUUAUGGUCA